AUGCCGCUUCUUCACCUGGCGAAUGAAUUACUCUGCUCCAUUUCGGAAAACCUGCAAUUAGAGAGAGACAUCAACGCAUUUGCACAAACCAACCGUCGCCUUUAUCAUUUGCUAAACAGUUAUCUCUACCGUUACAACAUACGACAUUCAGAAAGCUCGGCGUUAUGGUGGGCUGCCCGACAUGGCCAAGAGGCAACGGCUCAAAAGUUGCUCGAA